AUGGCGACCCUUGAGCCGGACCACACAUACUCUUGCCUGCUUGGCUGCUUGUCACUGGUCUUGUCCGCUGGAGCAUCGGGCCUGCGCGCUGCCAUCGUGAUUGGCCGCUGUCCUCGGGAUGAUCAUAGCUUACCCCCCUUGCCCAAAAAAUAUGCGUUACUCAUCCAGGUGACACUUUGGCUGGUGGUCGACACCACCAACAUCCCCCACCCCGUCUGGACCACACCGCUGUUUAUCCCACGCAAACAACCUGCAUCUGACGCAAAUCCCUUGCCAGCGCUUAUCCACCACCCAACACCAACGCCUCGCAGCAUUUCCUCUCGUGUCUUCCACCCAGGCUGCCUCGCUCACUCGGUCAUUGCCUGUUGGUCGUUGACCGGCCCGCAUCUCGGGGAAAGGCAUCGCCACCUAGUGCCGCACCCUGACAGUGCCCGGUGGCUCCUGUUGUCCUUGCCAUAUCGCCCUUCUUGGGCUCGCGACCAGAACAGUCUGUCCGCCUUGGCCUCGUCGGCCGGCGCGCUCGUCGCGAUGGUCGCGCCACUGCGCCUUUCGGCGUCCAGCCUCUUGCUAUUCUUGAGCCUUGCUCCUGCAGUAGCUUUGGCCUUGAACAUCAACAGGGCUGACCUGAUCCUCAGCGACGUUGGCCCAUGCGAGCUAACCCUGCAAUUUGAUGGCUCGGUUUCCGCUACCGAUGUACACCUCGAGCAAAUGAUCUUGACAGAGGGCUGGUAUGCCCCACCUCAGACCGUCGUUACCUCCGGCCCUCGACGAGUCGAUGCACAAACGCUGUCGGCCAACCUGGAUUGUGUGUCCCACGCGCUCAACCCAGCGUCGCACAGUUAUACCCUAAGCUUUUCUCCAGCGCUGCACGCUGACCUUCCCGCUGGCAACAGCACACUUAUCGUCAACCUCACACGCACGGCCGAAGCCCCACUGCGCUUGCCCGCUAAUAUCUGCACCCGCCUCGUGACCGAGGGGCCCGCCACGAAGGACAUCACCAUCACCACCCUGGCCCAGGCUCAAGAUAUGGCCCGCCGACGUUGUACGGGCUUUUUUGGCGCCUUGACCUUUCGCAAUCUAACGCUGAGUCCUGCAGACUGGCGUGCCCUGCUCAUGCCGCUUCGCCUCGUCGAGGGCUCUCUGCGCUUCGAAGCAACCCCCGGCCUGCAAGUCGAGGCCCUCGGUGGCUUGCAAUGGCUUGCUGCGCGCGGCCCUUAUCAUCAGGAUGAGCGCGGAACGUACGGUCUGCGCAUCAACAACGUGCCGGGUUUUGUCGUGACCGACGGCCUCCGGCUCCUUUCUCUGCGUACUGGCCAGCGCAUCGUCGUCAUUGGCUCAGAGGCGGCACAGUGCCCGCCGGCCGACAAUGAAGCCCUUCAGGCCUGGAUUCUCAGCGCCCCGCUCGUGGACCUGCGCUACAACGUCAGCGCCUGUGUCGAUACCAGCGAGGAUAGCAACUGCGCAGGCGCUGUGGACGAACUCACCGGCCUGUGCCGCCACUCGGUCACCGACAAGUCCGUGUGUCCCGGCGGCAUUAUCACGUCCCUGGCUGACCUGGCACCCUAUUCCGACUACUUGUGCACGGUCAUCGACGGGUCCCUGAAGAUCCUGGGCCCCCUCGAGUUUGCAGAGCACGAAUUGGGCGUCCUGGCCCGCGUUGAGCACGUGUUGGGCGGCGUCAUUGUUCAGGAUGCCCCCUCACUCGUCAGCCUCGACUUUCUGCAAUCGCUACGCACAGCUAACAUGGUAACAGUGACCGACAACGUCAAUCUCCUCGACCUGCGACUUCCGCUUCUGAAGAAUACCAUCCCCAUGGUCCUCACCAGCAACCCCCGUCUCUGCCACAAUGUUUCGCGGGUCCUCGAAAGCGCCUCGUGUGGCAUAGUUGACGUUUCCGCCCGCAUUCGGUGCCCCGCACUUGCCGCCGCCUCCUACAACCAAGAGUCGCUCUUGGUUUUGCUCGAACAGCAGCUGUCCUGGCCUCGCUCCAACAUUGUUCUUCUGCCAUCCUUUGGCACAGACACGGACGUCGGAGCCGUCAUUGAAGUGACGCUGGUUGCUUCGAUGGGUGAUUCGCAGAUGCUCCGCCGUGCGUUCCAAGAUCUGCUUGACACAGGCGCCUGGGAUCGCGCCGCUGCUCUCUUGCCCAGCGGCCAAACCCUUGUUGGUGCUCUCUUCCUCCAGGCCCCGCACCGCACCCCAAAUGCCGCCUCAGCGGGGUCGGGUAUUGUUCUGAGCGCGCAGACUGCCAGCACCGGCGCCCUCAUCUCGUGGGAACUCGGUGGGCUGGCCCCUGACUCGCAGGCGAGCUUUGUGCUGCAGGUACAGCCCCGCGUUUCAGACACCCUGGUGGACGAGCUGACCGCCUACGCCUUCACCGCCGACCUGGCCUUGGACAGUUACGACGUCGUGUUCUCCCAAGUUCGUGCUGCCCUGACAGCCGGCAUGCCCGGUUUUGAUAUCAGCCUCGCAUCUACAAGCCAGACAUUUUUCUUGCUGCGCAGUUGCGAUGCCAUCAUCGAUGGCGAGACUGUGGCCAUUCAACAGACGUGCUUGGACAUGGACCUAGCCUAUGACCUGCGCGUUCUGGGCUUUGUCGACGGCUCUGCUGUAGCAAGCGACACCAUCACCAUCCAGCUGGCGGACCCUGCCCUGCGUGUGCGCAACGUGAGCCUGCAUGCCACAGGGCCGUCCGCCCUCACAGUACACUGGGCACCGCCGGUGGCGGCUGACCGUACCGCGGGAUACGAGGUCUUCAUCCGGUACGCUGGUGUCGACAGCAACGGUGCCAUGUACCUCCUCGAUGCUGCCCAAAUUACCGCAGGCACCUCCAACCCCACCGCCUUUGGUGUCCAGGAGCUUCUGCUUGAUGGCUCUCGCCAGCGCCUCGUCAUCAAUGACCCAACCGCCACGAACCUCGAGUUGAAUGGCUGCUAUUUCAAUUAUCACGCCAAUGCCACCACGUGCUUGGCCCCCUUCACCGUUUAUGUCGUCGGGGUCCGCCCGGUCGAUGGCACCAGCAAGGGUGUCACGAGCUAUUUUGUCGGCACCACCGGAGCAGACAUGACGCUGUCCGAGCCGCCGGCCUGGUCCAUGGCCUCAGAGACCCCCGUCGAGGUGCAAGGCCGCUCCGCCACCCUUCGUUUGCAGCGUCCGGUCAACAUGCCGGCGGUCGCCACCCGUGUUCAGGCCGUUGUGACUGGUCCGUACGGAGAGCGUGUGAUGAGUCGUGAUAUCAUUGACCCUUUGGCCCACCACGUCAACCGAUACAACGAAUCCAUGGAACUGGCCCUGGAUCAUUUGGCCCCCUACUCCAACCAUACCAUCAGCCUCAUGUUUGUUGAUGACAUGGGCGUGGUCAGCGCCAGCCGCAGCGUCUCCAUCCUCACUGCGCCCGGUGCCCCAGACGCCGUUGCAUCCGUGUCAGCAAUGAUCGAGGACGAUGGCCGUCUUCGCGUGACUUGGUUGCCUCCGGUUGUCACCCCUGGCCCCCUCGUGUGGUACGAAGUCCUGGCCAAUUUUGAGAACGAAACCGAGACAGGCGAGCUGGUGCACAAUGGCACGGCCACCAGCAUCACCAUUGCCGCCAGCCUGGCUCAAUCACAGAUUGCCGUGCGGGCUGUGACGCCCGAGGGUGUGUCCAACUUUGAGACGACGCGAGCCACCCUUGCCAGUGGUCAGCAGGAACUGCCCGUCAGCUACAUGACCUUGGGCCUGGCAGUGGGUGGUGCCGUGCUAUUGCUCGCCGUGGUGGGCUUUGUCCUGCGGCGUCGCCUGCGAAGCCUGCGCAAGGCCGCAGAGGAUGAGUGGCGCGUGCCCGAGGCGGAUGAAUUUGAGUACCCGCGCGAGCGUGUGCGCUUGGGCCGCCAGCUUGGAUCGGGCGCCUUUGGCAUGGUCUUUGCGGGUCACGUCACGGACAUUCGCGAAAUCUCGGGUGAGGUUGCCGUUGCGGUCAAGCUGUGCUCCAGUAAGGCUGCCAAGGAGAAGAACGACUUUUUGGAAGAAGCCAACUUGAUGAAACGCUUUGCCAAGCCUUGGCAUCCCAACGUGCUGCGUCUCUUGGGUGUGGUCACGCAGGAAGAACCCAUGAUGAUUAUCUUGGAGAACAUGGCCAAUGGUGAUCUGCUCGGGUUCCUGCGCGGAGCACGCCCUCCGGCACCCGGCCAAGACGCGGCCUUGACAAUGACUGAUCUCGUCUACAUGGCAGCCGACGUGGCCAGCGGCAUGGCCUUUUUGGCUCAAGGCAACUUUAUCCACCGCGACCUUGCCGCACGCAACUGCCUCGUGGCAGAGGACAUGGUCGUCAAAGUGGCCGAUUUUGGCCUCUCUCGGGCGCUCAAUUACUCAGACUAUUAUCGAAAGAAUGGCCAAGCCCUGCUGCCUGUGCGAUGGAUGUGUCCCAUGGCUUUGUGUGAGGGCAAGUUUACCACGGAUACAGACGUCUAUAGCUUUGGUAUUCUUCUGUACGAGUUGUUCACCCUGGGUGCCCUGCCCUACACGGACAUGAGCAACCAACAGGUGUUUGAGCAGGUUGUGGCUGGUUACCGAAUGGAGCAGCCCCAGGGCUGCCCGGACGUGAUUUAUAAGAUCAUGUGGGAAUGCUGGCGCCUUUCGGAUCGCCCGUCUUUUGAGAACUUGGAGGAGCGCUUGAUGAAUAUUGGUCGUAGGUUGGAAGAUGGCGACCUCACCGUCCUAUCCAGCUCACAACAGACGGCGCCCAGUGCCUCACUUGGCGCCGGUCUGCCCCCGACGCUGGUGGAUGAGAUCACGGGUAUGCCCAUGGGUGAAGACUCUGCGCAGUCAUACACCGCCAUGGAUGGCAGCAAGCCAGCCUCUGCUGUUGAUUACAGCAAGUAUGAGGACAUGGCAGAUGCACACGUGCCUCUACAGCCGGUGGCUCCGAGUCCCAAGAGCACCUUGACGCGCCACACGCGUGGUGCUCGCUCAGAUGUUCGUGCAGCGCAAUUUAACGCAGACGAUGAGGAGCUACAGCAUUUGGAACGCCUCAGGGAUGAAGGUCCUGCGCCCACGAGUCAGCCCACGAAACGACCUGAUUACGUGGUCACGAUGGAUACGUAUUCGCAAGUGCGACCGCCGGUGCCAGCGCCGCCCUUGCGCCGCAACCCAACACAGCAACGCCUGCCCCCCAUGCCUCCCCGUGUGUCUGACAACAAUCAAGGACAGCUUACGCGGCCAUCACAGCUCAACCCUGGCGCGAAGGCCUUUUUGGACUCGCAGCACCGCUCGACAUCUGGAGCGUCGCAGGGCUACGAUGACCCCAACUCUUUGUUUGCAGCUAUUCGAGACCGUGUUCAUUCGCGCAGCAAAACGCCGGGCUCGCGGCACUCUUCCCUUGGCGAUGUCCGAUCCCAGCACUCGGCCAGUUCGCGCGUCUCCACGUCGGCUCUUUGA